GGCGGCCGAGCUUAGGAGUCCGCUAGUCGGGCAAGUGAGCAGCGGGGCGCGCGGGGCGGGCGGCAGCGGAGCCGGCCGGAGCGCGCCGGGCAGCAGCCGCCUCCGUCCUGGGCGCGGGCAGCAGGAUGGAGCUGAACUCCCUGCUGCUGUUGCUGGAGGCGGCCGAGUACCUGGAGCGCCGGGACCGAGAGGCCGAGCACGGCUACGCCUCGGUGCUCCCUUUCGACGGCGACUUCACCAGGAAGAAAACAAAGGCGGUCGGCCUGGUGCGCAAGGCCCCGAACAACAGGUCUUCACACAACGAACUAGAAAAGCACAGACGAGCCAAGCUCAGACUCUACUUGGAGCAGCUGAAGCAGCUGGUACCUUUGGGCCCGGACAGCACGCGCCAUACCACGCUGAGCCUUCUAAAGCGCGCCAAGAUGCACAUCAAGAAACUGGAGGAGCAGGACCGCAGGGCACUGAGUAUCAAGGAGCAGCUGCAGCGGGAGCAUCACUUCCUGAAGCGGCGUCUGGAGCAGUUGUCGGUGCAGAGCGUGGAGCGCGUGCGCACGGACAGCACUGGCUCCGCCGUCUCCACGGAUGACUCGGAGCAAGAGGUGGACAUAGAGGGCAUGGAGUUUGGCCCGGGUGAGCUGGACAGUGUUGGCAGCAGCAGUGACGCCGAUGACCACUACAGCCUGCAGAGCAGCAGCUGCAGCGAUGAGGGCUAUGGGCGCCCUUGCAGGCGGCCUGGCCGCCCCAGCCUCUUGUAGGCCCUGCUCCCUGUGUUCCCUGGCCUGCCUGCCCGCCCAGCCAGCCGUGGCAGCCCUCCAGUCCUCCCUCAGCUGACGCCAGCCUCUCUGCGGGCCCACUGCUCUGCCAUGUUGGAAGCUCCAGCUGCCGCCCGCCUGGGCUGCCAGCCUGUGCCCUCCUGCCCCAUGUUCAGGGCCCCCUGCAGGGAGGCAGGGCCUGGCACCCACCACCUGGAGCCCAGCGUAGCUGCCCACGUCUGUCCUCCGAUUCUUAAUCAUUCCAGAAGUAUUAAAUGUCAUUGCUGCAAACCUCGGCAGAUGCCA